AUGCUAAUAUCACUUGGAUUAAAUGCAUUAUCUAAUUUUCGAUUAAACUCUUUAAAAAACAAAAUUAAUACUUCUCUUUCUAAAAAUCAUUUAAAUACAAGUUUUUGCACAGACAUUUAUAGUAUUUAUAUACACUUUAUAUGGUUAAAUACAGAUGAACCAUUUCCUGAUUCUAUUUCUUUUUCUAUUAACGAACUUCUGAAAUACGGAAUUGAAACAAACAAAGAUGAUCCAAAUAUAAAGACACUUAUAUCUUCUAUUUCAGAAUCUAAGUUUCCAAACAAUACAUUUAUUGUACUUCCACGAACAGGUACUAUAUCACCAUGGUCUUCUAAGGCUACGAGUAUUGCAUAUGUUUGUGGAUUUGGGAAAUAUAUUAAAAGGAUUGAACGAGGAAUUCUUUUUUAUAUUUUAACAGAUGAUAAGAAAUCAUUAGUAUCUAGAUUAUCUGAAUUUUCUUCACAUUUAUAUGAUCGGAUGACACAAAGAAUUGAUUAUGUGUUUCCUACAGAAGAAAUUUUCUUUAAAAAACAUGAACAUCUUUCAUUUUUAGAAAUCCCUAUUGGAUAUCCUAAAGUUUUAAAAGAAGAAGCAUUAAUCAAUUUUGAGAAUCUUAAUAAAAAAUAUAAUUUAGCUCUUACACAAGAUGAACUUUUAUACCUAAUAGAUGUUUUUUCAGGAAAAAACAAACUUUUAGAAUCAAGGAAUCCAUAUGAUAUUGAAUUAUUUAUGUUUGGACAAAUUAAUUCAGAACAUUGUCGUCAUAAAGUUUUUAAUGCUACCUGGAAUAUUAAUAAUAUUCAAAAACCGUAUUCUUUAUUUUCUAUGAUUCGAAAUACUCAUAUGAAAAACCCUCAUUAUACAAUUUCAGCAUAUUCAGAUAAUGCUGCUGUAUUGGUAGGACGUGAGAUUUCUAAUUUUUAUCCAGAUUUUGAAACAAAAAUUUGGAAACGAAACAACGAAUUAGUACAUUUUUUAGUAAAAGUAGAGACACAUAAUCAUCCUACAGCAGUAUCUCCCUUUCCUGGUGCAUCUACUGGUUCAGGCGGGGAAAUAAGAGAUGAAGGAUCUGUCGGACAAGGUUCUAAACCUAAAGCAGGAUUAACAGGAUUCAGUGUUUCUGACUUAUUGAUACCAAAUUUUCAUCAACCAUGGGAGCUUGAUAUUGGAAAACCAAAUCAUAUUGCAUCUUCAUUAGAAAUUAUUCUUAAUGCUCCAAUAGGAAGUGCAUCCUUUAAUAAUGAAUUUGGUCGUCCAUCUAUUUUAGGAUAUUUUCGAACUCUUACUACUAAAGUAUGUAAUUUUGACGGAAAAAAUGAAUUUUGGGGAUAUCAUAAACCUAUUAUGAUUUCUGGAGGAAUAGGAUCAGUUAAAAAUAUACAUGCUAUAAAAAGUAAAGUAACUCCAGGAGCAAUGUUAGUAAUAUUAGGAGGACCUUCAAUGCUUAUAGGCCUUGGUGGAGGAACUGCCUCAAGUUUAAAUUCUGGUGACUGUUCUGAAGAAUUAGAUUUCUCUUCAGUACAAAGAGGAAAUCCAGAAAUGCAAAGAAGAGCUCAAAUGGUAAUUGAUACAUGUACUUCUUUAAAUUUAAAAAAUCCUAUACAAACUAUUCAUGACGUAGGUGCAGGUGGACUGUCUAAUGCAUUUCCAGAGUUACUUUACAAUUCUCAUCUAGGUGCAGAAAUUGAGUUGCGUGAAAUACCUACUGAUGAUCCUGGAAUGUCUCCAAUGGAGUUAUGGUGCUGUGAAGCACAAGAAAGAUAUGUUCUUUCCGUGUUGCCUGAAAAUAUAAAUAUUUUAAAAUCUAUUGCAGAAAGAGAACGUUGUCCAAUUGCUAUUGUAGGACAAACUACUGAAAAAAGGCAUCUUGUAUUAACAGAUAGACUAUUUAAUUCAACUAUUGACUUGCCAAUGUCAGUAUUAUUUGAAGAAUUACCAAAAUUAUCUAAAAUGGAUUCAUCAGAAAAAUUUCUAUUGUCAAAAUUUACUUUACUACCUGAAAAUAAAACAAAUAAAAUUUUUUCAAUAUUAAAAGAAGCCAUUAAGCGUGUUCUUAUGCUCCCUUCUGUAGGAUCUAAAUCAUUUUUAAUUACCAUUGGUGACAGGACAGUUACAGGGCUCGUUUCUCGUGAUCAAAUGGUUGGUCCGUGGCAAACCCCUGUAUCAGAUGUUGCAGUUGUUUUAUCUUCAAUUAGCGAUACAAAUGAUUAUGGAGAAGCAUUUUCAAUUGGAGAAAAGCCCGCUAUAUCUAUAAUAUCUCCUUCUGCUUCUGCUAGAAUGGCUGUUGCCGAAUCUUUAACAAAUAUAUGUGCAUCUGAUAUAAUAGGAAUAGAGAAAAUAUGCUUGAGUGCUAAUUGGAUGGCAUCAUAUACUCAUAAAGGUCAAGGUGCUGCUUUAUAUGAAGCAGUUGAAGCAAUUGGGAAUGAUUUAUGUCCUCAACUUGGAAUAAGUAUUCCUGUUGGAAAAGAUUCUUUAUCAAUGAAAAUGAAAUGGAGAAAUGAAGGAGUGGAUAGAGAAGUGACCGCACCACUUUCUGUUAUUAUUUCUGCUUUUUCUUUAGUUGAAGAUGUUAAAAAGACAUGGACACCUCAGUUAAAAAGAAAAACAGAAAAAGGAGUAGGGGAAACCAUAUUAAUAUUUGUAGACUUAGCAGAAGGAAGAAAGAGAAUGGGAGGAUCAGCUGUAGCUCAAGUAUUUUCUCAAAUUGGAAAUGAGGCUCCAGAUAUUGUAGACGUGAAAUGUUUUAAAUUAUACUUAGAAAUAGUUAAAGAUUUACAUAAUGAUGAUAUUGUACUUGCAUAUCAUGAUAAAUCAGAUGGUGGGAUUUUUUCUGCUGCAGUAGAAAUGUCAUUUGCAGGAAGAGUUGGAUUAAAAUUAAUUUUAGAUGAUUUAUGUCACAAAAACGCAUCAGAACAAGAUUAUAUUAAUAUACUCUUCAAUGAAGAACUUGGUGGCUUAUUUCAAAUUAGAAAAACUGAUUUGGAAAGAUUUAAAAAAUAUUUUUUAUCCAAAAAAUUUAAUAUUAAUAAUAUUUAUACUAUCGGCUAUAUACAAAAUGAGAACUUGCAAGUAAUAUCAAUUGAGCAUUUUGGAUAUGAAAUUUAUCAGUCAUCAAGAGGAGAGUUACAGCAAAUGUGGUCUAGUACCUCAUAUAAUAUACAAUCUUUAAGGGAUAAUUCUGAAUGUGCUAAAGAAGAAUUCGAAAACAUUAUUGAUGAUUUUGAUCCAGGGUUAACUUUCUUAUUAACAUAUUCAAUGAAAGAUAUAUGUAUUCCACCUAGUUUAUUAUCACAUCGACCUAAAGUUGCUAUCCUUCGCGAGCAAGGAAUUAAUGGAUAUUAUGAAAUGGCAUAUGCAUUUGAAUGUUCUGGAUUUACUGCUGUAGAUGUUCACAUGAGUGACUUAAUAAAUAAAGAAGUUGAUUUAAAUAAAUUUGUAGGAUUCUCUGCAUGUGGUGGAUUCUCAUAUGGAGAUGUUUUAGGAGGUGGUGCUGGAUGGGCAAAAUCAGUUCUUUUUCAUCCAGAUGUUCGACAAUCAUUCUAUGAAUUUUUUUCACUACGUAAAGAUACAUUUGCUUUAGGAAUAUGCAAUGGAUGUCAAUUUUUGACUAAGCUUAAAGAACUUAUACCAGGUGCAAAAUGCUGGCCUGAUUUUAUAUACAAUAAAUCAGAACAAUAUGAAUCAAGGUUUAUAUCAGUAAAAAUUACAAAAAGUGAUAAUACAGAUAUAACUUCUACUUCAGUAUUUUUCUCUGGUAUGGAAGGCUCAAUUAUUCCAAUUCCUGUUGCACAUGGAGAAGGACGUGCAUAUUUUAAUAAUUAUGAAGAUUGUAGAAUAUUUUUUGAUAAAAAAUUAACAGCACUUGAAUAUGUAGAUAAUUACGGGAAAGUAACAGAUAGAUAUCCAUACAAUCCAAAUGGAAGUCAGUAUAGUAUUGCUGGUAUAAAAUCUAUUGAUGGCAGAAUUCUUGCACUUAUGCCGCAUCCUGAAAGAGUUAUUAAAAGAAAUUCAAAUAGUUAUUACCCAGCGGAUCAAGCUAUUGAAUGGGGAAAAUGGGGUCCAUGGGUCCAAAUGUUUAGAUCUGUACGUCGUUGGGUUGGUUGA